AUUAGUCACGUGCUGCCCGCGUUAAACACGUCCAGCUCGUGAGGACGUCCACCACAUUUUCACCGCCCACGGUCAUGUGAGGCUGCUGGAGGACUAGCGUUUGAUCAUCGCCGCCGCUUCAGCCGCGCCUCGCCUGGUCGCCGCGGAGAAGGUCGACGCUGAAUGGUCGGAAGAUGACACAUGGACGCGAGGAGCGAGCGGAGCGGCACACGGGGAUGAAAUAAAGUCCUCCCGGGUAACGCAGCCUGGCUGCCUGGGCGGUGAAGCUUUUACGUAACGGAGCUUUGUGGAGGGAUUGCAGGGAAGCUUCUGGCUUAAUCACAGCCUGGAAACGCAGGUGACAUAAGCCAAGAUUUGGUUUGUCCACCGUUCAGCAUGAUCAGUUGCGGGACUCUCCUCCAUCUUAAGUGACUGCAUCAGGAUGAACGACGGCUACAAGCCAGGUGGAGGAGUCUCAACAGUCAAGGCCGAUGUUGUCCUCCACCCUGUCAACCUUGACAAGGACAGGGAUUUACGUCCAGGUUACGUGCAAGGGUUCCUGGGGGACGACCCAAACUUCAACCCCCCUACAUUAUUUGAGAAGGAAUACCUGCUGGAUGGAAGGUUAAUGGACAAUAACCAUACAGUGUGUCAGAAAGGUAACGGUUCAUACAUGGCUAGUGCAAAUCAGCUUCAUCUCUCCAAUGACAAUAAGAAUGUGGCGGACUUUCCUGCUUGUGUUGACUCAUGCAUGCCAACAAACUGUGCAGGUAGUCAAAUACGUAAUGGUGCAAGAUCAAAAAUGUCUUGUUUUGAUCUGAAACAAGAAACUGAUCCAUCUCACUUGCAAUCCAACCCUAAAGACAGCCAGGAUGUGGUCAAUUUAUUGCCUGCUAAAAAAGAGCCGGAUUUAGUCAUUGAAGUUGGCGGGCAGACAAUUAAUGCUCACAAGUCGGUCCUGGCAGAGAAAAGCGACUAUUUUAAAGCUCGGCUGUCACGAAGCGUCCUCAAAGUGAAGGGUAUGAGCUACAAGACAUUAUCGACGCUAAUAGACUACGUUUACACUUCCCGCAUGAAAGUUUCAAAGGACAACGUUGUUGAUGUCAUCACAGGGGCCAAAAUCCUCCAAAUCCCCUGCGCCGUCCAGGCGGCCAUGGACCGAGUGACAGAACAAAUCACUGUAGAGAACUGCUACGAGAUUCUAAACAUUGGAAAAAAACAGCGGCUCAGUGAGCUAAAAGAGACCGCUUACGGCUUCAUUAGCGACAACUUCCUUCAGAUCCUCAAGGACCCCUGUGUGUACGGGCGUCUGACCGGGUCUGAGCGGGAUCUGGUCCUGAAGAAAAGAAUGGACGGGAGGAAGACUCUUAUGGUUGCCGAGGUAAACGACGUGUUCGAUCGCGUUGGGAGCCGACCGCCGAGCCGCUGUGGUAGCCGUCCUCAGAGCCCCCUGUCAGUGGGGUCUUUGGAGGAGAGCCACAUGAUCUACUCCUUCAGUGAGGCAGCCAGUGACUGGAGAGCUUUGACAGCCAUGCCUGAGGACAUAAACACUAAAGGAUGUGGAAUCUGCACUUUGUUUAAUUACCUGUUUGUGGCAGGGGGGAUAAAAGGCUAUGGGGACAAAGGGAAGGUAUCAGACAAAGUUUUCUGUUAUAAUCCCAAAACCAACCGCUGGACUGAGAUCCGACCUAUGACCCAAGCUCGUGCCCAGCUAAAGCUGGUGUCCAUGGAUGGCUACCUGUACGCUAUCGGAGGGGAAUGUUUGUUUACUGUGGAAAAAUAUGACCCUCGAAUGGACCGAUGGACAACGGUAGCCCCUUUGCCGAAAGGAGCUUUUGCUGUGGCUCACGAGGCCACGACCUGCAGCGGAGAGCUAUACGUCUCUGGGGGCUCGCUCUUCUACCGCCUCCUCAAGUACGACCCCAAGAGGGACGAGUGGCAGGAGUGCCCGUUCAACAACAGCAGGAAGAAGUCGACGGAUAUGGUGGCACUGAAGAGCUUCAUCUACCGCUUCGACGUCACCCGCGAGCAGGGCAUCAACGUGUUCAAGUACAACACCAUAGUGAAAAUGUGGCACGAUUGCGCAUCGCAGAGACUCGGCAGCUCGUUACCAUUUAGGUGUGCCGUCGUGGGCAAUUGCAUCUACUGUGUGAACAAAAGUCAGACUCUCCAGUUUGUGGUGGAGGAAGAGAACGCCUACUUUGUGGAGGAGCCGCUGAAGGCACCUCUCGAAGCCAAAGGCCUUCUUUUUCCUUUUGUGCUCACUUUGCCUGAAAAGGCUGAGAAAGUUACGCCCGGGUGUGAUUCAGAGUAACAAUACUCCAAAGCAGGCUAUAAUGGAACCUCCAAAGUCCAACAGAUACUGUUCUGUGAUGUUGGUUGACUUCCAAGUUGUUCCAACUGCAAAAGAUGAUAGAUUACCCUAAGGGCAUUCAAUUGAUCGCAACAGGACUGUUCAGUUGGUCCUAGCAGACGUUUCGCCUUUGAACAGAGCAGGCUUCAUCAGUUCACUUAUACACUUAAGAUAAUAAACUUUGGUCAGAGCUUGUCAGACUAGAUCAAAGUCUGAGAAUACAUUGACCCAGAUGAAUGAUAACAUCCAUCAUCAUAAUAGAUUACCGUCUUGACCGGAAUAUAAGAUUCAAAGUCGUCUUUUAUUCAGGUAAUACAGAAUUAUACAUGCAAACCAGUUGAUGGCAGCAAACGUCUUCAUGUGAGUCAGAGCUUUUCUUCUUGUCACUCACACAUGUAGAGAUACGCCUGCGAGGGCUGGACAAUUAUUUAAACUUUGAUUUCGAUUUUGGCUGCUCAUGAUUAUGAAAAUAUAAUAAUCAACAAAACGAUUGUAGGGCCGUGCAACGUGCAUGCAAAUUCCAGAGCUUGUGACGGUGGAAUGGAUGAGGAGGGAAUGAGUGGAAAAAAAGAACAUGUCUACAAGAAGUUUGGUAUCUCUCCAUGGUUGCUGCUUUUUGUUUGACACAGAGCUAGUAUGCCUAAGGCAUAGGAUUUCCACGUUGACUUAACCGCAAACGGAGUCACAUAAUCAGCCAAUGAAAUGCAAUCCGCUCUUAAACGCAGGAAAUCAGGGAAAUUGACAUACAUGUAAGUGAAAUGCUGUUAUUGUGAAGAAAAGGAACAUUUCUUUGGGGAAAAAUUGUGUCCAGGACGGCUCAUUCAUCCCCGAAACACAUCCUGAACUAAUGUCGAGACGGCCACUUGCAACAGAGACUAAAUCAUGAAGCUAAAGCUAGCGAGAACAAUCCAUACACACACAACAUAUAUCAUCUGCUUGUGUUGUGACGACAUCAUCGAUGUAACAACAAUGUACAAACAGGACAGCAGUUGCAACUUGAGAAGCGCUCUCUCUCUCUUUUUUUUUUUAACAGCCUCAAGUCGCCUCCGCACCUCAAGCAGAGGAGAGCACAGCAACAAUCAAUAUUAGUGUUGCGCCACAUCCGAUCUGACUGCGUUAACAAAUUAAAGGUUUCAAAAUAGUACUUUACACAAGCAUAAUGUACUUAAAGCGCUUAUUGACACAUUUACACAAUUAUUAUCAUUUGACCUAAAACACUGGUCAAAUUGUCCAUUUGAUUAACAAACAUUUUGUUACAUUUUAUUUUACACAUUAAGCACACACUCUAUGGCGGUAAAAUAACUGUAAAUGGUAAAAAAAAAUUAAAAAAACAAUUGAAAAGGAAAAAUUUUAUUUAAUUGUUUUAAAUUGCUUUUGUUAUUUAAAUUUGUUAUUGCUAUUAUUUUUGUUUUUACUUGUGGUUUAUUCCUUACUAAAUUAUAUUGAUGUGUUUUUUAAACUUUAUUUACAGUUGAAUUUUGGUGGUACAAUAGUCGUGUUUUCAAAUUAAUGAAUAAACGUGACAUUAAUCGUAAUGAUAAUAUUGAUCAAAAAAUUUAGGAUGUAUUAUUUUUUGCCGUAGGCCUAUUUGUCCAGCCUUAGCACCCGAGACAACAACUGCCAAACACACAACAGAAGAGGGCGUAUGAUGCUGAUUUUAAUAUAUUGGUGAUCAGUGAAGCACAGCCCUCAAACAACUGUUGAGCAGCUAAGAAAAAUAAUAUCCUUUUUAAUUGUAAUUUACCAAUUGUUAUUUCACUAGUAUUAUGGAAAAAAAGAGAUUGAUUUAAAAAAAAAAAGUCGGAGGACUUCUUUCCAGGUUCAAUACGAUAAUAUGCUCCAGGCUCAUACUGCAGCAAUCAUAAAACUAGGUGUGUCGUGAUCCGAUAUUGAAAAAAAAUAUCAGUCUGAUGUCAGCAAAAAAAACAUCACUAAGUGUGUACAGUAUCGUACCACUUGUACAAAGCUGGACAGCCAGUUAACAUCUAAUUGUCCUCCAAUAAGCACACAAGGUUGGUCUUUUCUUGUAUUGUAGUCAAGUCGUUUACGAAAGGUAAACACGGUAGGCUAUGAGCUAGCAGCUACACAACAGCUAAGCACACAACAACGCACAACCAAUACAUACUAAAUAAGUGACCUUAAAUGAACAAUGUUGCAUUCCAAAACGCCACAUUUGCCAAUAUAAACAAGUGUUAAAUAAUUAGUUGUAUAUUACUUAAAGGCCUACUGAAACCCACUACUACCGACCACGCAGUCUGAUAGUUUAUAUAUCAAUGAUGAAAUCUUAACAUUAUAACACAUGCCAAUACGACUUAUAAAGUGACAUUUUAAAUUUGCCGCUAAACUUCCGGUUCGAAACGCCUCUGAGGAUGACGUAUGCGCGUGACGUAGCCCGGCGAACACGGGUAUGCCUUCCACAUUGAAGCCAAUACGAAAAAGCUCUGUUUUCAUUUCAUAAUUCCACAGUAUUCUGGACAUCUGUGUUCAUGAAUCUGUUGCAAUCAUGUUCAUUGCAUUAUGGAGAAGGAAGCUGAGCAAGCAAAGAAGAAAGUUGUCGGUGCGAAAUGGACGUAUUUUUCGAACGUAGUCAGCAACAACAGUACACAGCCGGCGCUUCUUUGUUUACAUUCCCGAAAGAUGCAGUCAAGAUGGAAGAACUCGGAUAACAGAGACUCUAACCAGGAGGACUUUUGACUUCGAUACACAGACGCCUGUAGAGAACUGGGACAACACAGACUCUUACCAGGAUUACUUUGAUUUGGAUGACAAAGACGCAGACGUGCUACUGUGAGUAUGCAGCUUUGGCUUCUAAACAUUUGAUCGCUUGACCGUAUGUGCGCAACUUUUUUUUGCGUAUGUACGUAACUUUUUUAAAAUAUAUAAGCUUUAUGAACCUUGGGUUAGGUGAACGGUCUUUUGGGCUGAGUGAUUGUGUGUGUUGAUCAGGUGUUUG